UACACCUAGUACACGAUGACACAUUAGAAUUUAAAAAAAAUAUAAAUUAUUAUAAAACAUACUUAGUCAAGCUGGGUGCCAAAACGGUGGAAAGGUUUUUGAACCUUGCCGACGACAAUUUUAUUGAGGAUGUCAAAGAAGACCUAAAAUGUUUUUUUGCGGAAAAAAGAGUUGACAGUGUUCUAGUAUUUCCACCUGUGAGCAACUACCGCAGAUUUCUCAUUCAUCGCUGUGUUGAGCAGUUGAGUCAACCAGAUCUUGCCACCUUCUCGAUAGGUGUCAGUGACGAGCGACGAACUGUUGUUUGUUACCGAGAUAAAUUACUGAGUGAUGAAGCUUGUGCAAGACCAAACAUGGUCCUGACACAGACAGAAAAGCCGAGUGCCACCCAAAAUGGACAGAAUGCGGUGGGGAGCUCUGCGCGAGCGCAGCCUCAGGAGAAGCCAAGAUCCGGUUCGUCGAAACCCAGACGACCAGAUCGAGCGGUCUAUGUUCCGAGGGCUUUGCGAGGUGGAGCAGACAACACCACAGACGAAAACAAACCUUUAGAAAACAAGCGAACCAGUCACAGCGCCGACGGAAAGUGUCCAAAAUCUCCUGGGUCCAAAGAAAAGUCCGUUCACGGUACACCCAGAAGAUCUCUAGACAAGAAUUUCUGCAACGUUUACACACCGCCUCAUCUCAGGAAUCAAAGAUCUCAGACAGCACACAUCGAUAGUGAGCCUCCUAGCGAAAACACAACCGUGCCUUUCGGCUGUCAAGUGCCAAAUAGUAAUAGUGCAAUAUCAAAUAGUGAUAAUAGUUAUAAAGAGUUAGAAGGAGAGAGUUUCUAUAUAGGAGAUUAUUUUGUUAACGGACAGCUAGGUUUUUACUCACCUAAUUUGUACGAAUACAACGAUAUACAAAACGUCGAAGAUUGGAGGACAAAUGAAACUGAAGACUUGAAUAUGUCGCUUCAACAAAAUCAAGGCAAUAUUAUUGAUAAGGAUUAUUUAUAUGACAAAGAUGAAGACGUCGAGAAGAAUGAAUUGAAGCGAGCGUCACAAGAAAUUAAUAGAAGUAGUAAGAGAAUUAUUAAGCAGACUUUUGAUUCGGAUGUUUUAGUGAUAUCGGAUCCGAUAGGGGAGCCUGUUAGUCCACGAUCGACCAGUCCACGUGAGAAAGACGAAAAUGAAGUACCAAAAGAGCAGAAAAAGAAGACUAAACCAAAAUUAGAAGCAAAAGUAUCAUUAAAACGCGAAGAAAACGAUUGGGAUGCAGUGUUUGAUGAUAGUGGUGAAUGCCUGGACCCGUCUUUACUAGAAGAACUUACAUCUACUGUUGGGAAGGUGCACAUAUCAAAAACUAAGAACAAUUACGAUCAGUAUCAAACACGAGGUCAGGCGUUAUUCAACGGGCCCUAUGAUGAGACGUUUGCACAUGUCGUGGAGGUGUAUGAUUUUCCAAAUGAAUUUAAAACGAAUGAUAUAUUGUCGUUGUUUAGUGAAUAUAAAGAUACUGGGUUCGAGAUUAAGUGGGUGGAUGAUACGCAUGCCUUAGUUGUAUUCAGCAGCGCAAAAAUUGCUGCGGAAGUAUUGUCUACUCAACGCUCGCUUGCCAAAUGUCGACCGUUGCAUGCAGCUACCCUCGAAUCGCGGAAUAAGGCAAAAAAAUGUGCAGAGUUCCUUCAACCAUACAGACAGCGACCAGAAACGUGUACUGCGCUUGCCAGGCGACUGGUCUCUGGCGCUUUGGGUGUGCGAUUGAGCACCGCAAGACAGGAAAGAGAUGAAGAAAGACGCCUUAUUACUAUUGCUAGAGAGAAGAAACGCAAAGCGGCCCUUCAUAAAGAGGAAGCUUGGGAUGGCUCGCUUGAAAAUUCGUUGCAGACGUUAGACACCUGACCAAAAUAUAUUGGGUCAAGCAAGAACACCACGCCCACUCGGACAUAGUUAAAUAAAGUUAUUUUUAUAAACAAUGCAUAGUUGCGGGGUUUUGAUCGCCGGCUUAGUUAUAAUUAGUUGAAUUUUAUUGUCUUCAAGGGGGCGACUGCAAGCCAUUAACUGAAUGUUAGAUUUAAGCAAGUUUUAAAUGUUAUCUUACAUAAAUUAAAUAUAAAAAAAACCUUGGAAUUAUUCACUUAAAUUAUAGACUUUUUAUGCCAUUAAACUCUGAUUAUUCGUUGACCUAAAUGUUUGCUAUUUCAUGAAUUAAUCAAUUUUACGAUCUGGCCACGACAAGAAACAAAAAUGCGCUUUCAAAAGUGUCAAUCGUCCUAUUAACCUCUUAUUACAUGAAUUUGGUUCAAAGUAUAUGAAAAUGAUAGCAUUAUGAACGGGCUGAAGUUUAUCAUUUGCUUCUUAAGUGGUGCCCCCUUUGCGUUUGUAUAAGCCUGAUUAGUUUAAUGCAUAUAAAUCUCAAAUGUUUUGCUUGUGUAUGCUAUUUUAGUAUUUGUUAUCACAAUUUGAUAUUAAACUUUUAAGUUGCGCUCAAAUAUUGAGAUUGCUUUAUAUUA